GCAAAUGCUAGGGAAUUUCGAUAAUUUCGAUUUGAGUUGAGAUAACGAAAAACCCUAGUGCAGCGAUAAACCAUGGGAAUUCUCUCUUGGUUCACCGGAGGGAGGAGCAACGGCAACAGCGCCCCUAAAAAGGAGCAACCCGCUCCGUCCGGCCCGAAGCUCGAAGCGGCGGAGGCCCCCGGAAUGAACGGCGCGGUGGAGGUCCGCCGCCCCGACGCGGAUAUCUCGGUUUUCGAAUUCGGUUCGGUCGCCGCCUCCGCGGAUAAGGUGACGCUGGCCGGCUACUGCCCCGUCUCCGACGAGCUCGAGCCCUGCCGGUGGGAGAUUCUGCCCGCGAGUGGCUCUGACGCGCCGCAGUUCCGCGUGGUGUUUUGAGUUUAGCUGUGGAAGAGGGGAAAAUUGAGAGAUGAGUUUCAUAGUGUCUUUUUUCUUUGCUGCGUUGUAAAAAUAUUUGAAUUUGGUUGGGAAAAUUAUUGCAAUUUCUAUCCAA